AUAACAGGGAUUAUUUCAUGCUCGUGUCUCCGCUGACCACUGAAACAAACCUUCAGCACAAGAACUGAGGAUGAGGAUGAGGAGCGUUCUGAACCUGUUGUAUCUGGUCUGUCUAUGUGCCGCACAAAAGAAAUGGACCCAGGACACGUCCGAGUGGGACCACCAAGACAAACCAAACAGCAGGAGCUGUUCAAACCUGACGCAGGUGCUGGACAACUGGAAAUACGCCAUCAUGUACCAGGUGAAGGACAUGCUGGUCAACGAUCACACGUCCAUCUUACCAGAAUACGUCAGGAUCCAGCCCCUCUCAGAUGCGGUAGGAGACCUUUAUAAGCAGUUCAACACUCUUAAGGAGAACCUGGCGAAGCUGACCAACAAGUUUGACAAGAUAGAAAGCUUUGUGGAUGAGAUCCAAGAAGGAAAAUUUCCCAGGCCAAAACUUUGGAUGCCGCCAAGACUCCCUGUCAGGAGAAUCCCACAUCAGAUGCCAGCGAAAAGUCCUGUAAAAGUCCCAGGUAAAUCAGUGUGGGCUCAGAGGAGAGCCAGAAGAGGUCCUGGUACUUAACAGACUACAGUAAGUCCAGAGAGGCAGCUGAUCAGCUUACUGGAUCUGGAGACAUAAUCAUGAUGCUUUUCUAAUAGUAGCCUGCUUAAACCAGAGAUAAGCCUGUCAUGUUUAAAGGAAUAGUUCACCCAAAAAUGAACGACUGCUGAACAUUUACUCACAUUUAGGCCAUCCAAAAAUUGUUUUGUUUUUUUCUUCAUCAGAACAGAUUGGAGAAAUGUAGCAUUACAACACUUGCUCACCAACGAAUCCUCUGCAGUGAAUGGGUGCCGUCAGAAUGAGAGUCCAAACAGCUGAUAAAAACAUCACAAUAAUACAC